AUGUUUCUCUCUCUCUCUCUCCAUGUUUGUCCCUUUCUCUCUCUCUCUUCAUGUUUGUUCCUUUCUCUCUCUUUCUCUCUUCAUGAUUGUUCCUCUCUCUCUAUGUUUGUUCCUCUCUCUCUCUCUCUCCAUGUUUGUUCCUCUCUAUCUCUCCCUGUUUGUUCCUCUUUCUCUCUCUCUCUCUCUCCAUGUUUGUCCUCUUUCUCUCUCUCUCUCUCUUCAUGUUUGUUCCUCUCUCUCUCUCUCUUUUCAUGUUUGUUCCUCUCUCUCUCCCUGAUUGUCCCUCUCUCUCUUCAUGUUUGUUCCUCUCUCUCUCCCUGUUUGUUCCUCUUUCUCUCUCCAUGUUUGUUCCUCUCUCUCCCUGUUUGUUCCUCUUUCUCUCUCCAUGUUUGUUCCUCUCUCUCUCCAUGUUUGUUCCUCUUUCUCUUUCCAUAUUUUUUUCCUCUCUCUCUUCCUGUUUGUUCCUCUCUCUCCCUGUUUGUUUCUCUUUCUCUUUCCAUGUUUGUUCCUCUCUCUCUCCCUGUUUGUUCCUCUCUAUCCCUGUUUGUUCCUCUUUCUCUCUCCAUGUUUGUUUCCUCUUUUCAUGUUUCCAUGUUUCUCCAUGUUUGUUCCUCUCUCUCUCUCCAUGUUUGUUCCUCUCUCUCUCUCUUCAUGUUUGUUCCUCUCUCUCUCUUUCUCUUUUCAUGUUUGUUCCUCUCUCUCCAUGUUUGUUCCUCACUCCCUCCAUGUUUGUUCCUCUCUAUCUCUCCCUAUUUGUUCCUCUUUCUCUCCCUCUCUCUCCAUGUUUGUCCUCUUUCUCUCCCUCUCUCUCCAUGUUUGUCCUCUUUCUCUCUCUCUCUCUCUCUUCAUGUUUGUUCCUCUCUCUCUCCCUGUUUGUUCCUCUUUCUCUCCCCGUUUGUUCCUCUCUCUCUCUCUCUGUUUGUUCCUCUCUCUUUCUUCCUGUUUGUUCCUCUUUCUCUUUCCAUGUUUGUUCCUCUCUCUCUCUCCCUGUUUGUUCCUCUUUCUCUUUCCAUGUUUGUUCCUCUUUCUCUCUCCUUGUUUGUUCCUCUCUCUCUCCCUGUUUCUCUCUCAUAUAUACACCAUUUUUACGUAUAUUCAUCCCUCUGUAGAAUGUAG